AUGUACUCCAGAAUGUAUGGUGAUAAUAUCAAAUUCAACCCUCAACUUGCCGCUGCGAUAACUGCAGCAACAAAAGCGAGUAUCCCAAAGAAUUUGAUUGAGGCUGCAGUCGCACGAGGCCAGGGUCGCUCAGCCACAGGCGCCCAGCUUGAAUCCAUGUCUCUAGAGGCUCUCAUGCCUCCUGAUAUAGCAAUGGUUGUCGACGCUGAAACAGACAAUAAGACCCGCACUCUUCACGAUCUACGCCUUGUUGUGAAGAAAGCUGGUGGCAUCGUCGGAUCCACCACAUUUUAUUUCACAAGGCGUGGCCGAGCCGUUUUCAAGGCCAAGGAAGGCGGACCUACGCUUUCCGAGGUUCUAGAUGAAGCAAUUGAGCACGAAGGGCUUGAGGAUGUGGAGGAGCUACCAGAGGGCGACUUCUUGGCUUGGACACAACCAAACACUCUAACAUCGAUCACUGAAGCUCUAUCCAACAAGUUCGAGCUUGAGAUUUUGGAUUCCGAUAUCGUCUGGGCUCCCAAUGAGGACACCAAAGUUAGUAUCGACACAUCCAUGCAGGCUGAUUCUCUCGACGCUCUGUUCAAUGGACUCAAAGAAUAUCCCGAAGUCAAGGCUAUAUAUGCCAAUGUACGACAGGGGACCGUGGGAGACGAAGAGUGGGACAAGAUUGAAAGAAAUUUGGAUGUAUAA